AUGGAGUCGAUGCAAAUGAACAAAGGUAAAUACAGAAAAUGGUUAUUUAGGUGUUUCAAAACCGUCGUCGAUGAAGACGACGAUUUCAAACCUUCGAGAAGAAGAUACCGCAACGCCACCAUCGUCACCGAUCCUGUUCUCGCGUAUCUUGCGGCCGCGGAUGCCGACGGCAUGGUUUUGAUUUCAACGACGGCAAUGGAGGAAUGCGGAAAUCGCCGGCGAAAGGGAGGAAGCGACACGUGGCAUUCCCUCAAGAUGGCGCUUCAUGAAACAUCAUUGAUGAAAAGAAUUCAGAGUAGAAGGAAAACAAAAAAGAGUUCUAUCACCAGAUCAAAAUCGGACACAACUUUCGACGCUCCCGAGACUCCGCAAGAAGUGAAUAUUUCUAACACUUCUUCAGAUAUUGCUAACUUAUCUGAAAUUUUCUCCUCCUUGCAAUCUCAGGGUUCAACCACUUCAUCAAACACCGAUUAUGCAUCAAACACUCCCUCUCAUGAAACUAAUAUCAUACCAAAACCACCUCCAUUAAAUGGAACUAAUGGGGUACCAAAGAAAAAUAAUAUUGAUAAUAUUGAUGAAGAAAAGAGGAAAAGAAACAUAGCAUUAUGUAUUGUUUGGAUUUUUAGUCUAUUUGUUUUGAUUUUGUGGGGUAAACUUUUUGCUAUAUUAUGUACUUCAAUUUGGUUGUAUAUUGUGCCUUCUAAACAGAGAAGAGAAUGCAAGGAGGUUUCAUUAUAUAGAGAGAGUGAUUUUGACUCUCUUCGGUAUAAGAAGAAAAUUAUUAUGGAAGGAAUACUUGAGAGGACUCAUACUCGUGCGGUUCUUCUGACGGCUAAAUCAUCAUAG